AUGGAUUUGGGAAAGGACCAAUCUCACUUGACGUUCCAUCAGACAACUAAUCCUCGUCAAGAAAAGAACCAUGUUCCAGAAGUCAUUGGAACUUGGAAUUUGCGAAACAGAGAGCAACUCAGAAAAAGAAAAGCUGAAGCACAAGAGAAGCAAAAUUUGCAAUGGCACUUUGGGUAUGAGAAAAAAUGCAAGCGGCCAAGGACAGGAAAAGGAAAUAAAAGAGGCAGAAAGAGAAAACAAAAUACAGAACUGAAGGUGGAACCUCAGUCACAAUUUAAAAAGGACAUGAUGGAGAAAGCACUGGCAUCUGUGGAGAAAGAAACUGAGCCACCCAGGAGUAUAACCGAAGCACUCUCUCUGGUAGCCUCUCCCAAAAAAGUUGUGCCUAAGAAACAAUUUUCUGCAGAGGAUAAAGAAAGCAUUAUGUAUCAGGAAAGUUCUUCUGAGUUACAAGGAAUAGUGGUACAAAACCACCCUUCUGAAACAUGCCAAGAUAUGGCUGAACCUGAAGUCCUCUCUCCUACAAUGUGCCAAGAAAGAGUGGUACUUCAAGACCAUACUUCUAAAAUUUGUCCUGAUAUGGCUGAACCUGAAGCCCUCUCUCCUAUAAUGUGCCAAGAAACAGUUGUACUUCAAGGUCAUCCUUCCAAAAUGUGUCCUGAUAUCUCUGAACCUGAAGCCUCCUCUCCUACAAUGUGCCAAGAAAUGGCUGUAGUCAAAGACAUUCCUUCUAAAACACCUGAAGAUGUAGCUGACCUGGAAGCAUGCUCUCUUGAAGCACCCCCCAAACCAGAUGUGCCUAAAGGAUACGCUCUUGAAACAUACCAAAAAGGAGCUGAACCCGAGGAAUACAAUUCUGACCCAGAUCAAGGAAUGGCUGAGAUUGAAAGCCUCUUUCCUAAAACACAAGACAUAGCUGUGCCUAAAGACCUUUCUACAAAAACACACCAAGAAACAGUUGAACCUGAACACUUCUCUUGUGAAACAUAUCAAGAAUUUGCUAUGCCUAAAGCAUCCUGCCAUCAAAGGAGCCAAGAAAUGCCUGCCCCUGGGGAAUAUCCACCUGAAAUAUGUCAAGAGACACCUAGACCUGAGGACUCUUCACCUGAAAUAUACCAAGAAACAGCUGGGACUGAAGACUAUUCACCUGAAAUAUACCAAGAAACACCUGGGCCUGAGGACCUCUCUACUAAGACAUAUAAAAAUAAGGAUACGCCUAAAGAAUGCUUUCCAGAACCAUACCAAGAAACAGGUGGGCCCCAAGGCCAGGAUCCUAAAAUACAUCAGGAUGAUGCUAAGGAUGUUUAUACUUUUCCCCGAGAAAUGAGAGAAAAACCCAAAGCAGAAGAACCAGAGAUACCAGCAAUUCCAAAUGUUCCUCAAGAGAUUCAUCCAGAAAAUGAUGUCUUUAGUUAUGUUUUGUUUUAACAAUGCUCAACCAUCAAUAGUUGUCCAACAAAAUACACAUCUUAAUAUU